UUCCUUACAUAACUUAACAGACUACGAAAUGACUGAACACGUGGUACGGGUGGGAACUUUUUUCCUUCUCCUCCUUUUCUACCUUUUUUUACAGAAGAGAUUUUUCUCUCCUGAUGACGUAAAUGCUUUGUGUUAAAGACCACACUAACACAUUGCUGUGCGCGGUAACAUACAUUUAAAAUAUGUAAUAAUAUUAAGCAUAUGGGUUCCCCUUGUUCCAUAACCUUUGUUUAUAUGGUAAAUUUACUUAGAAUGAACAAAGUAUAGACAUUUUCAAACAAAAAUUAAUAUUUGUCCCCUUUUUUUGCACCAAACGUUGUGUGGAUAACGAAUGACGUACCCCAUGACAACAAAAGAAGCCAUUUAGUUAAUUUAUUAAACAAAUUUAAAGCCUUUUAGUUUGGCUAAGAAACUGCCGUGCAAGAAGUACAAUGUACUUUAUUUUAUAGACAGGUAAUUCAUGCUGCAGAUUAUCUGCAUAAACAACUAAUUUGUUACCAAAUGAAGGUCUAGCACUGAUGACGAUAUGGGAUGUGGUCAAAGCAAAACAACGAUAGCCGACACUCCAACUCAUCUGCACACAACACUAAGAACAGAAGAUACCGAACCCGUUACCACACCACAUAACAACAAUAAAACCUCAAUAGAAAAUGUUGUCUCACCAAGUAAGAAUGAAACUAAGAAUCAGAAUCAGUUUGAAGAUGAAACCCCAACAUCUCUGGUUGUUGUUGAACCCCAAACAAAGGUUCUAACUGAACAUGCAACUGCUGAGGUUACUAAAGAUGAAGUAAAAAAACCUGAAAAUGCCUCAGUUGAAAUUAAACAAAGCUAUAUUAUUGAAAAACCUCUAAUUAAAGAAGAGAAGACCAGUUUUAAAGAAGAGAACAUUAAAGAAGUUGAUGGAGUUAGAACUGAAAACAAAACAGCUUUAAAUUCACAUGUGGUUAACAACGGUGUAAAAGGCACAGUCAGUGAACAAGAUACAAUCGUAAAAACCACAAAUCCAAGUUUGGAGCAUAAUUGUCCGGCUAAACUAAUUUCUCAACCCCCUGACUGUUCUGACGUUAUAAGCCUAGCCAGCGAAUAUACCGUCGAUUCAAAAUCUGAUGACGAAAAUGUUAAUAUCGCGGAAAACAUAUUAAGUUCUGCCCUUGUAGAAAACAUUAUGGUAACAGUUUCUACGGCGUCAGAAUUGCCGACUACGGCGGGCCACACCGAGGAUAUUGUAGUUAACACAACGAUACCUGUGUCUUCGCAAAACGACGUGAAUGUAUGCGAAACUGUAGAAGGGGUAGCGCGUUUAGCAGAGAAAGAAGUAAAGUCUGCCACUGUAGAUUCUAACACAGCAGUAGUGCCUGCACCAAGCGGAAACCCAGUAGUUGAGAAUACGUUGCAUAUUGAUACAGCUAAAGACAUCCAACUACACGCAGCAAUGCGGUUUUCAUGCUCGGCUACUGACAACCAGGUCUUGCCAGAAAUCGCCACACAAGCAGAAGUAUUACAUCUUAGUAGGACUUUUUUAACUAAUAGAGAAGAUUCUUUAGCGCUUUGCCGAACUUUAGCUAAUCUUUCGAGGCUUAAAAAGUUGGUCGUAAAAGGCAACAACGCGGGUCCCGUUGCUGUACGUGCAUUAUUGUUUAUGUUAACCCAAUAUGCAAAGUUAGAAGAAUUGGAUUUAUCUGAUAACAUGGCAGAUCCGAGCUGUGCUGAUCACUUGGCAAAUUUCAUAUCUGGUUCCAAGAAUCUCAAAUGUUUGAACUUGUCGGGAAACCAGUUCGGGAAGGAAUCGCUUUCGAAAGCUCUAAAUGUUGGUUUGAGUGCGACUUAUAGUUUGGUGCAUUUAGAUGUCAGUGGAUGUGGUGCUACCAAUCUACAUGGUUUGUUUGAAGCGUUGAGAAGUGGUUUCAUAUCCAAGCAAUCCAAGUUAAACCAUCUGGAUAUAUCUAACAACCAUAUGAACGAUGGCCAACAGCCUGGCAUUGAUAUUUCACUUUUACUGGAAACGUCCAACUGUCCUCUGCAGUAUCUUAACAUUUCCGACACUGGUUUAUCACCAACAGGCUGGGAUGCAUUGCUUUCAGGUCUCCAACAAAAUACUUCUAUCGUAAGUUUCAUAGCAGGUGGUAGCAAUACUGUGAAGAACAUUUUAGACAUUGCAAGGAUUAUUCUGGCUCUUCAGAAUGCGAAGGUAAUAGAUUUAGGUGGGGUUGGUAUCGAAGAUAAAAUCGAAUUACAUGACUUAAGUUUUGAAAACCUUAAACCUGCGACAAGAAACUCGUGUUUGGCGGAAUUGAAUCUAACCGACUGUAAACUUACUGAUACGUUUGUUGCUACGAUAUUUCAGAAAUACGCAAAUGUAUUAUCAAGUUUGGAACUUCUAAAACUAUCAAAUAACCCUGAGGUUUCUGAGAACGCGUUUAACGCUGUACAACAUACAUGUAAGUGCCUUCAUACAUUACACUUCGCGCUUAUGGAUGCUGAGUUCGUUUCUAAAUCUCUUAACGGCGGCUUUAAAGAACUGCGUUUCCUAAACUUACGAAAGUCUCGUGUUAGCGUAGAAACUUUAGGCGCGUUGUCCAACAUUCCCCAAACGUUAACCGAGCUCGCGUUGGACGGGAUAAAGCUGAGUGGUUCUGAUGUUCUUGAGACUUUACUACAACCAUCGUCGAAGCAUAAGAUCAUCACAUUAUCAAUGUCUGGCUGCAGUUUAACUGACAAAGAUAUCAAGCCAUUAGCGACGGCAAUGGCCCGUCCUGCCCCGCCAUUGAAUUUUCUUUCUAAUCUAGAUCUGAGCGUGAAUCGAUUAACAGAUUCAACAUUAUCUUUAAUUUCGGAAUCGUUAUUGGCUGUUACUGACUACACACUUAAAAACCUUGAUUUAACGAACAACAAAUGCGCCGAUAAAGGAGCAUUAGAUCUUGCAGGUGUCAUUUCUUCAGCGUCUUGCAAAUUGAACCUACAGAGAUUACUGUUAUCCAGCAAUUGUCUCACUGUUAAUGGAAUACAGGCACUAGUUUUAUGCGUAGCCCCAAGAAACGAUGUCAGGGGAUUGCAAUUCUUGGAUGUGAGCAACCAGAAAGACGGAUUGUCAGAAGAUGAAAUAGAAGCAAUAGUAGAAUGCCUCAUCACUACUAUUGGACUUGAUCCUAGUUUAAUAAAAAGUGAACACAAGCAAACGUUCUUUCCGCCGAUUUCUGACAAAUUUACAGUGAACUUGAGCAGACUCGGUGGUUCCGCCGGUGACAUUACUAAGCGUGUUGAAUCAGUUGCAAUCAAAACUGAUUUUUCGAGACUUUUUAAAGGUUUAGCCGCGCUUUCGGAUUACCUUAUUUUAGGUUCUGGGAUUCUACGUUCAAAUUCUAUUACGGACCCUGCUGAAGUAAAUCUUUCAAUAGAUAUGAAGGAAUGGUCGGAAAUAAUAGGUAGCGAUGCUCCUGCAUGGUUGAAAGUGUCAGAGGAACGCCGAAGAGGGGUAUAUGUGAAUCAUCUACCAGGUACUGCUACUGUUCAACGGCUUGAAGGUUUGCUUGAAAUGGAAGCGGAUUGUGAGGUCAGCGAUAUUUACGUCAUCAAGGAUCCUAUACUAAGGAAGCCAACAGGGGCUGCGUGGGUUUUAUUUGCAAAUGAAGAAUCGGUAAACAACGCGAUGAAAUGGUUCGCAGCAGGGUGCGCCCAGAUGUACGGGACUCCUUUCUCAAUCUGCGUCCUCCCUGUUUGUACAACUGGUGACCAAUCUGGCGGGCAAGCAUCGGCAAAGCGGGAGCUACAAGCCAGAGAGAGGCAGCGGCAGACUGACCUGGCUGCAGAUAGAACAAUGAUGGAGGAAAGCCAGCAACUUGCCGAUGAACGAGCUGCAUACAGGGAAGCUCAUCCCGCUUAUCAAAACGGCAGGAUUUGGUAGCUGGUAUAACAUAAGAGCCUAAAUAAAACGUUUUCUGUUCAGUUUCAAUACAAACAUGACAGUCCAUAUGUAAGAUACGAUUUUCACCUCUAACGUUCUGGUUUAAAAACUAGAACCAUGUUCAGUAAUCUAAGAAGUUAUAAUGAUUUUUUUUAAAAACUGAUUACAAUUGCAUAUGGUUAAGCUGUCAUGUUUGUACUGAAACUGAUAUACCCUUGUAUCGUAAAACACAGCAGCACACUGUGAGAUUAUUUAUUGUAUGCGCGUAGUAAAACGUUAUUUCAGUGAUUUGUUCUUUUUUAAUGCCGUGCCAAAUUAUUGCGCAUAUGAGUUUCCAUUAGUUUUUUAUUUUAUUCUACAAUGUGCCAAACCAACUUUACCUAAACUGCAAUACAUUUAGUUGCAUAAUAUACUGUUCUUAUAAAUCUGUAAAUGUUGUUUGUUUGCUACCAAAUGUGACGAUAAUGGAGAAUAAAAAUAUGGACCAUCUUACACCAAUCUAAUAGAUAUGAAUACUUUAUUUACCGAUUUGUAAAUAUACAUGAAGCACUGUGAAAAUUAGCAAAUACGACUUUCGUGUCUAAACCUUUGAAUUUGUCAAUAACCGACGGGUAUCGUCCGAAAUAGAAUAAUUUGUCCCGUCCAGCUUAGUGGCAGAUUUAAGCACUCGCACCUUG